UAUUCACAUCAGCGCACAGGAGCCGGCGGGUCGCUGGUCAACGCGGUCGACGUUUCUUAUAAGAACGUAAUUAUAUGAAAAAGUUAGCAAGAUAUUGGAAACUUAUAGCAAUUUAAAUUUAGUGCCAGACCUUUGUGAACCUCGCGCCUCUGGCCGUGAAAGCUAAUCUAUCAAAAUGCGUAUGAUAAUCCUCGAUGACGCGGACAAGGUCGCGGACUGGGCGGCGCGGUUCGUGCUCCAGCGCGUGACGCAGUUCGCGCCCGGCCCCGGCCGCCACUUCGUGCUGGGGCUGCCCACCGGCGGGACUCCGCUGGGCAUGUACCGGAGGCUGAUUGACUUCUACAAGGAGGGCCGGAUUUCCUUUAAAUAUGUUACUACUUUCAAUAUGGAUGAGUAUGUUGGUCUCCCACGCGACCACCCCGAGUCCUACCACUACUACAUGUGGAACGAGUUUUUCAAACACGUGGACAUCGACCCUGCCAAUGCUCACGUCCUCGACGGCAAUGCUUCCGAUUUAGUCGCUGAAUGCCAACGGUUUGAAGAUCUCAUAGCGGCCGCUGGCGGCGUCCAUUUGUUUAUUGGCGGCAUAGGCCCCGAUGGACAUAUAGCCUUCAAUGAACCAGGAUCGUCUCUAGUUUCUCGCACAAGGGUUAAGUCGUUGGCGUACGAUACGCUCGAGGCGAAUAAAAGGUUUUUCGGAAAUGAUCUGAGUAAAGUGCCGAAGCAAGCGCUGACUGUUGGUGUCGGGACAGUUAUGGAUGCUAAAGAGGUGAUGAUCCUAAUCACGGGCGCUCACAAAGCGCUCGCGUUGGCCAAGGCUGUGGAGGAAGGCGUAAACCACAUGUGGACGGUGUCCGCGUUCCAACAGCACGCGCAGGCGCUGUUCAUCUGUGACGAGGACGCCACGCUAGAGCUCAGGGUCAAGACUGUCAAGUAUUUCAAGGCGCUGAGCUGCGAGCACCAGAAGCUCAUCGGAGACAUUCCCGUGGAGGAGCAGCGGGUCAUCCACUAGGCGACUGCCGCGAACUCAGCCAAAGAUGACCCGAACGACCCGUGUUGGAACAUUCCAUAUCAUUCCAUUUGUAUUUGUCCCUAGACUAGGUUGUACAAAACCAUAUUUACAACAUAACAAUAUUAUUUUCUAAAAAAAAGGUUAAGAUGCCAUGGGACUGUCGAAAGAAAGAAUCGAAUAUGCUUUUAUGCAAGUUAUAUAUAGUAUAUUAAGUAUUAAUAUAACCUACCUGCAAGAUCGCAGAGACCAUAUUUUUUAUUAGGGUUAAAAAUCAAUAAUAUUUCUGUUAUAAUUUGUAAGCCUAUAUAUAUUUUUAUAUUUUAUAUAUUUUUUGUAAGCCUAUUUUAUUCACGAGCCAACUACGGUGCUAAAUGCCACAGAUUUAGUAAUGUUUAUAAAUAUACACAUCUAUUGUACUUAUUUGGUAUUAUGUGACCUCUAAGCUGAAAAUAUUAUAUUUUUGGACAUUUUGUCCCUGUGGUCAGCCAGUGAUCAUAUAGUGACUGGAUUCUGAAUUGUAACAAUUGUGACAGAGCCUCAUGGAGGAGCACAACAAGCUGCUGGUGAUCCGUCGGUGAGCCCCGACGACACGGGACCGCUGUUAUUUUAUACCUAGACGUAAGGCAAUCGUUAACGUUUUAUAAAUAAAUCAAAUACAUAUUUUAUACAAA